AGGCUGGAGAGGAAAAUCCUGGAGUCUAAUCACAACAUGUCCCAUUAAUAGGAUUAAGUACCUUGUCAUUAGAUAAGUAGUACAUGGCAAAAUCUGUGACACUCAUGGAAAUUAGAACAGCAUCCUGCCUUGGUCUUCCCUGAAGCUUGAAAGAGGUUUGCAAGAGGACUCAUCAGAAUUUGUGAAAACAUGAAGCCUGUACUGUUCUUAAUAACGUACUUAUUAUGUCUGAGGGGACAUCAGUGUGCACCUACUGUGGAGGGAGACAUAAAUUUUGUGGAAAACCUGAAAGUUUUAUCUGAAGUUGGAGAGAAAUAUGUAGAUGAAGAGGUAAAGAAUGCACUGAUUGGCAUUAAACAGAUGAAAAUUAUGAUGGAAAGAAACGAAGUCAAGCACACUGAUCUGAUGAAAACUUUAAAGAAGAGCAGCGAAGAAAAAGAGGAAGCUCUAAGGCUUAUGAAUGAAGUCAAAGAAAGACUGGAAGACGAAGAGCAAAUAUGCCAGGGGUCUUUGAAGAAUUUAUGGGACGAGUGCCAAUCUUGUCUAGAAAGUAACUGCAUGAGAUUUUAUACCACCUGCCGCCAUGGCUUCUCCACAUUUACAAGUAAGGUUGAAGAUUUUUUCAAGAAAUUGACUCCAUUAUCACUUCCUGUUUAUGAGCUUCAAGAGCGAGAUCUCCAGUUUAAGAAAAAACCUGAAGAAGAGGAUGCCCAGCUGGCACAAAUGGAACACUUGUUCAACCAGCUGUUAUCUGACGUGGGCACAAUCUUUGAAAAAAGCUUUGUUUUUUUCAAACGGAUGCAAAAAGAAUUUGAUCAGUCUUUCCAAAUGUAUUUCAUGUCUGAUCCAGACUUGACGGAGCCCUACUUUUUGCCAGCUUUUUCUGAGGUAACUGUAAGAAACCCCAUUCCCCCUAAAGACUGGGAGGCACCAGGCUUCCUCCAACUAGUUUUUGACUUCAGCAAAACUGUCCUGGAAGGCGUUGGUGAAGUGAUUACUGAGGUAUUUGAAGAAUACCGAGAGACUGCAAGAGACAUGGCAGAACAACUUAAAGAUUCUGAUGGAAGUGGAAUGUUCUCCAAGAACAUGGCAGACCAUGAGAGAACUCCGUGCAAUAAGCUGCGUCAGAAUUCAUCGGGAUGCCCUCAAUUUCAUGAGAGAUGCCAAAAAUGUCAGGAUCAUUUUAUGCGAGUUUGCCCCGAUGUUCCUGAACUACAUACAAAGUAUGAUGAUGCCUCUAAGCUGGUGAACAUCUCUGGUGAGCAAUACCAACAGAUUCUCCAGAUGGUCAAACGUCACACAGAAGACACAGCCUACCUGUUGAAUAAAAUGAAAGAAAGAUUUGGAUGGGUGUCUGAACUUUCCAACAUGACUAUUGGACCAGAAAACAUUUUCAAUAUAGUAAAGGUGUCAUCAAGUGUCAAAGGAGGCGAAGCUGCCAGUCCAAAUGAAACUGUCGUAGAUGUGAAUAUUUUGACUUCACCUACUUUUACUGUCAAGGUUCCCCAAGAUCUGGACACUGAAAGUUCAGAAUUCAUUGAAUAUGUAGCAGGGAAGGCUUUACAGCUUUACAAAAAGAAUUUCUAGGCAAGAGAGGAAGAAGUGAACAGUGAUUCCUACUUUGAAUCCAGCAUAUUCUCCUUUAGCAAAGUACACCAAAAGUCAUCAUACAGAAAAAACCUGCAGAUGAUAAAAUGUUUAAUAAAUGUGUUGAAUAUCAGUAUGAAUGUAACUCUUAUGAUUUCUCUCUGCAUUCAGUUGUUGAGACCAAAUCUAAAGAGAUAUAGCUGGUGAAUACUGAAAAUGUUUCUCCUUAGCAUUUGGAUUAUGUUUCCAAGAGAGGGGGUAAGAAAUACAUGCAUAGAUUUCAGUUGUAUUCUUUCCAGUAAUGUAGAUGUUGGAAGAGGUAUUUUCAAAGUAUACUAAAGUCCUUAAUAUGUAGUUCCACUUAUUAAUGAUUUAGAUCAGUUUUGCAUGUGUGCUCUGGUUAAGGAACCUGCCAUUACAGUAUACCAUAAUGGCCCGUAUCCAAAGCAUGGUAUCAAGUCUUUAUAUUGUAAUGGCAAUGAAAGAAUAGGCUGUGGUCCUUCUCUACUUGACAGAGUUCACUGUGUAGAGGGUGAAAUCACAGAGAGGAAACCUGAAGUGCACAUGCAAAGCCAUCUUCAAUAGUGUAUGAAUAUUCAUGUUUUUCAUUCAUUAAAAAAUAUACUUAUUCUUUAUAUUCUUACUUCCCAAAUAAACAAAAAAAUGCAUCAAC